UUUAAAAUGGAAGGACAACAAACUUUGGUAUAAUGUUGAAUCAGAAGAAGGGAGGGCAGCAUUUAUAACCUCGGUAGUACCAAACAGUUGGAUAAAUUAUGAUAAUGGGAACAAAGAAGGUGAAGAGGAUGAUGCUGAAGAUUUGUUGGAAGUGCGAUGA